AUGGGGGCUGACUGGUCUGAUCUUCCUCAAGAACUUGUUAUCUUCAUCGCCAACCGGAUAGCUUUCAUGGAGGAUUUUGCUGCUUUUGGUGCGGUUUGCAAACCAUGGAGAUCGGUCGCUACGAAGGAAAACUUUACUGGUCGAUUAUCACAUCCAUUCCUUAUGCUCCCAGGGGAAGAUGGAGCUGCCAUCCGUGAGUUCUACAGCUUCACAAAAGAUAAGGUUCAGAAGGUCAAUCUGCCAGAAGCCGAGGGCAAACUAUUGUGUUAUUGUUCAGGAUGGCUGAUCACUUUAGAAGGUUUGAAAUUUACUCUGUUGCAUCCUUUCAAUCGUGCCCAAAUAAAGUUGCCUGAUUUUAGAGAUUCUGAUGGACGACUUUCACCAACAAACAUGUCACAUUUUCAUACGGUAAAGAAAUUUGUCUUAUCAUCAAACCCUUCUUGGACAUCAGAUUUUGCAAUCAUGGUUCUUUAUGACCAUGAACAUUUGGCAUUUUGCAAACCAAGAGAACAUAAAUAUUGGACAAGUAUGGUUUUAGAGGAACAUCCACUGGAUAUAACUUGUUAUAAGGGACGAUUUUAUGCCAUGUGCUAUAAUGGGGUUUUGGUUUUCGACAUUGAAAACCCUAAGCAAGCAAAGACAAGGGUGGUUGUUCAAGGGCCACUACGUCGACAUGUACAUGCUUCUUUUGGCACAAAGACAUAUAUGGUGGAAUCAGCAGGGGACUUAUUAGUAGUUUUCUCUUACGGAGAUAUAUACCGACAAGCUCCUAGGUUUAGGGUUUCUAAGGUUUUGAGGGAUGGGAAGAGGCCCUCAAAAUCGGUAGUGAAGGACUUGGGUAACAGAACCCUAUUUUUGGGUGAUAAUAAUUCUUCAUUCUCUGUUAUGGCCUCGGACUACUCUGGAUGCAAGCCGAAUUGCAUAUACUUUUUUUCAUGUAUAUAUCGCCAGUACAUAUAUCCCGAGCGGGGUGAUUGGCUCGUACGUUCAGAAGAGAACAUAAACAUGGGUAUUUUUCAUAUGGAAGACGGAAGAUUUGAGCAGCACUUUGGCUCCCCUAGUUUUGCUUUGAAAGAAGCAAAAUUCCCUACCUUUGGCACACCGUGUUUCUGGAUUCAACCGAGUUCCUAA